GCUCUCCAGGCUUUCUCUAUUCACAGCUAUUUCUCUGCUCACUGUCUGGCAGGUUGAGUUUAUCUUUUGGAAUUACUCAGCAAGGGCAGGAGGUGAGGCUGAACUAGCAAAACAUACCGAGAUGAGGAGAAAAUGGGCUUGGUGGCCUCUGCUUUCCCCUCUCCGGGCUCUGAGAUUGAUGGAACAAGGCACCUCCUGAUGCAUUUCCUAUCCUGCCCACACAUCACUGCAGUUUGUGCUCUGGUGGGAUGGGAUGUUGGUCCCAUGUACCCGAGGAGUACCCCAAGAGGUUCAAAACUGAGCCCUCCUUUCCACUGCCCUCGCAGGCCCCUUCCCCCGUCUCUACCCACCAUGGCCAUUUGCAUCUGCGUGGGCAAACUGGGUGAAAAAUAAAUCCAGGAAGGUGGAAACUGUUACGGCAUGACCUGCUCCAGGCACGUGGCUGCUGUUGGUUCUGCGCUCGGUGAGGGCUGAGGGUGAGCUGCCCUGACCCUCAGCUGCCACCCCUGUGGGCUCUCCCUACCAUCCUAAAAAGGCCUCAAGCAGAAGUGCUAGGGCAGACGAGCUGUCACUUGGUGGCACUUCAGUGCCUGUCCAUUGCUCUGCGUCCCACUGGGCAGGAAGAGGGCUCGGGGCGGCCCCGAGGCAGGGAGGUGUGGGCCAUGGGGUGGUACCCCACAGGUCCCAUAAGCAAUGAGUUAUGGGAUCCUUUCACGGGGCAUUUUCACACCUCUUGCAUCAUCCGCCUAUUUGUCUGGUGCACCUGGGUGCAUUGCAGAUCUUACCCCUGCACGACCUCCCCCACAAGGGCCGGGAGGGGAAAACCGGGCGAGCCCGUGUGGGAGGGGCAGGGGAGUGGGGUGACACUUGUCACAGGUGGGAGGUGUCACCACCAGCCAAGGGCUUAUAGGGGUCGCCAGGAACAGGAACCUCUGUCACAGCCGGCGCAGGAGCUGAGGAGUGCCAGGUCUGCACGCUCACGAUGGACCCUCUGAGCACCUUCCCUCCCCCCACUGAAGUCACUGAACAGCUCCUGGGCAACUCCUGCUGUCAGAUCCGUGAUGGGUUCCUCUCGGUGACGCUGCCCGCGAUGUACUCGCUGAUCUUUGCUGUGGGGCUGCUCAGCAAUGCGCUGGCACUCUGGGUGUUCUUAUGCAGCGUGCAGCGCCGGACCUCCAUCACUGUGUACAUGAGGAACCUGGCGCUCUCUGACCUCCUGCUGGUCCUCUGCCUGCCCUUCCGCAUCGCCUUCCAGGACAGGAGAGAGCCCCACGUCUUCUGCAAUAUUGUUGGGGCUUUCUUCUACCUCAACAUGUACGUCAGCAUCACUUUUCUCAGCCUGAUCAGCCUGGACCGCUACCUGAAGAUCAUCCGCCCCCUCCAGAAAUACAGGAUUCACACCGUGUCCUGCAGCACGUUGGCCUCUGGGAUGGUUUGGGUGGUGAAUUUCGCCUUCAUGCUGCCUUUCUUUUUUGAGAAAAGAGGGAAAGGGCCCUGUGACCAUAAAUGCUUCCACUUCAGGAGCAAAAGCACCAUGGCAGCAGCCUUCAACAUGGCUGCAGUAGCCACUUUCUUCAUCGUGCUGCUGCUCUUCCUCUACUUCUACAGCAAGAUAUUUGCCAAGCUGCAGCAGGUCUCCUCAGUGAAGGCCCAGCAGCUGAACAAGAAGACCAGCACAAGAGCCAUCACCAAGACCUUUGUGGUCCUGAUCAUCUUCAUCUUCUGCUUCACCCCCUACCACAUUGUCCGCAUCCCUUACAUCCUGGCGCAGGUCGGGGCCAUUUCCAGCCUGCCCUGGAAGCAAGGUCUGCACCUCGCUAACGAGCUCGUGCUCUGCAUCUCAGCCCUCAACAGCUGCCUCGACCCCAUCAUCUUCUUUUUCUUGUCCAGCGGUUUCCGCAGGGCUGUGCUCUGCACCAUCCGGGGCAGGCUGAAGGGAGCCCUGCUGAGCAACCAGGGCGGGCUGACCCCCAGCAGGUCUGUGACAGAACUGUAGGGUCAAGGUCCCGGCAAUGGGAUUUCCUCAUCACAUAUUGGCUCUGGCUGCUGGUAUUUAUGGAACAAGGCUUGCUGGGAAGAUCAGCCACUCCAUGAGACGUGGCUUAGUGGGCACGGUGAUCUUAGAGAUAUUUUACAACCAUAAUGAUUCCAUGACUCUGUGAUUCAUGUAACACCACAAGGGUCAGAGCCUCCACGGGAGUAAACAAGGAGGAAAGGAUAGCUGGGGCCUUGCUUGUUCCCCCCGCAGCCAACAUAGCUGAAGAGCAUAUUUCUGAGCACAGACAAAGCUGGAAGAGCCAAAGGAGAUUUGGCCUUGGCCUGGGAACCCCGGGCAGCCCAGAGGGCAGGAGCAGAGCUGCAAGCAGAGCUGGGCUCCUUCACAGUGGGGGGAGAGGAGAGAGGGGAGGGAGGAGUGAGAAGGGGAAUGGGCAGUGAAUCAUUCCUGAGGGCACUUUGUCUUUUCACCAGAGAGAGGAAGAAAGGGAUGGGAGAGGAGA